AUGUCUUACCCGUAUCCUGGUGGCGGCGGUGGUUAUCCGCCACAAGGGCCACCUGGAGGUGGGUACCCCCAAGGACCCCCGGGUGGUGGGUAUCCGCCCCAAAACCAAGGCGGUUAUCCCGGUGCACAACCUUCAGCACCACCGGCAUCUGGGUAUCCUCCUAACACUGGGUAUCCACAACCAGGCAUGCCUGGUGGACCGGGUGGUGCUCCAGGUUACCCAGCAUAUCCUCCUAACCAGGGUCAGCCGGGAGGAUAUCCUCCGCAGCAUGGAGGUUAUCCAAAUCCUGGUGGUCCUCCUCCUAUGGGCGGUGGAUAUCCUGCUCCAGGAGGUCAUCCUAACUACAAUCCUCAUGGUGGAUAUGGAGGCGCACCGCCCGCACCUUACCCAUCACACACUGGAGGUGGUCUCCCUCCACCUCACGCUCCACCAGGUGGAUAUGGAGGCCCUAUGGGCGGAUAUGGCGGCCAUGGGGGACACUACAAGCCACACAAGCAUCAUAGACAUCGACGCGGCUCCUCGUCGUCCUCUUCAUCAUCUUGUUCCUCUGAUGACGGAUGGAAGCACCUUCCAAAGGUAAAAGCUACUUCCCAGGGAGCGCCCAUCUUUCUCUUUGAAGAGUGA